CACCACUAUGCUAGAUGGGAGAGCUUCAGUGGCAUGUGCUUGAUUUUGAGAAAAUCAGAACUCUUCAGAUUAGUACUAGGAGUACUUACCAUGUUUAUUUUAUGCUUACCUGAAUUUUUCAAAAUCCAUGAAGCUAACACUAUCAUUGUAUCGUGCACGGAUACCUGUUCAUCAAGUAACACCACUUUUCCACUUUGCACUUUUAAUAAUUCUUGCAGAAGAUCACUGCAACAAAGAAGAGAAAACCAAACUAUCUUACUGAAGACCAUUGUAAAUCAUUCCAGUUUCCAAAAUAUUCCAUGUAUUUGCCAAUCCUCUAGUAGGGAACAACAAUCACAUACUAAAUACUCAGAAUGUGAAUCCAACAGAGAUGUGGAUGUUGAUCAUCAAGGAUCAGGAGUGGUAACUAAAAAAAUUCCAAAAGAAAAAGGCUCAUUGGAAGAGCAAGCAGAAGAUGUUAUUUAUUUUUACAAAUAUUUUAAUUUCACUAUACUUCAUGCAAAUGAAGAAGUAGAGGAUAGUAUCUUCUAUAUGCUGGAAAUCCGCAUCAACAACUCUACAGUCAGAGGAAGAAAUGCAGCUGAGGAAUACCUAAAUCACUCCUGUCUAGCGGCAAUGAUCAACGACCAAAAUGACUGUAUAAAUAUUUCACUGCAGCUGGAGUCUUACGUGGAAUAUCCAAUGUGUAUGGCGAAGAUCAUUUGGCUCAGUAUGAUUCUAGUCAUUAUUGUGUUUACUAUUUCAAUUGUCAUCUACAAAAUAGUUCAUGAAAACGGACAAAACUAUGGUAAACACAGAGGAGCAGCAGCAGUUUAUACUAUUCAAAGCAAAAAAGAUUCCAGACAUGCAAUAACAACCAUUUCUGCUAAUAAAAUUCAUCUUUUUCCUGUGAAGGCCAAUGAACAACAGGUUCCACUUACUGCACAGGCCAGGAAGGUACUGCCCAUAAUUCCUGAACAAGAACAUUGCCAUCCGAGUGCAUCAGCUGUAGAAGUCUAAAAGCAUGUGGACACACCACCUCCCAUGUGGGCUGGUCGGCACAAGAGCUCAGCGGCGCCAUGUGAAAUACAGUUCCAACUGCAUGGAAGGAGAAACAUAAUACACCACAGAAGAAAGCAUAUCCAUUUCCAGUCCGGGGAGCUCUGUUAUCCAUCUUUUCAUCAGAAUGCCAACUGUGCAGUUUAGUUGAGAAGCUUCAUUUUAUCUAUCAGGACUACCUGGUAUUAAGAAAAUAUGAAUAAUGGACAAACACAUUUUGCUGUAGAAUCAACUUCAGUAGGAAAUUAUAGAUUUCCCAUCUAUUUUCUGUUCAUUCGGGAUUUAAUGCUUAAUCAUAAGGCUGUGAGAUAAUCCUCGCAAUAAUUUAUUUUUCCAGCUGGGAAGAAAUUUAUCUUCCCCAUAGGAUAAAAUCCUGACUGAAGGUAGAAAUGAACCUAUAUUUUCAUGAAAUGAACAUCAUUUUCAGCCUUUUUAGUACUCUAGGUGAUUAAGAUGCUUAAGAGAGAAUUUCUGGCUGAUGGGGAAAGCGGCCAAAGGAAUAGAGAAGGAGGGAGUUCUGCAGUACAUUUUAAUUUCUGCAGUAAACCAGGAAGACAUUCAUAUAUUCUGCAACAUCUUGGUGGAUAAAGAAGAAAAAAAAUGGAAAAAAAUGUACAUUUGGCUUCCAUCCACUAAAUCGUUAUUGUUAUUAUUUUUUUUUUAUAACUCAUUAAGGCACCAAAUGGAUUUUAUACGCUUUGAUAAAUUGCAUUCCCAUCUUUUGUAUUAGCUUAGGUCAUUAGUAUUCAGACUCAUUAUCUCCUGGAACUUUUCCUUGCUUUCCAUUUAUUGCUGCUCCUCUGAGUGUAGUGGAGCUGUUUGGGCUGAGCAGGGUCCCAAACUCAUUCGGUGCUAACCCAUUAUUUGUGGGUACAAUCUGACCAUAAAUUACUAGGCAGAGACAGAAAUUGCAGAGCUAGGACUUCAGACUCCCUUGUGCUAAAUCCAUCAGGAUGAACAGAUUGUAAACUGCCCAUUGCAAAUAUGACAUGCAGCAAUUUAGCAUCACGUUAAUACUUCAUAACCUCCAUCCCUUACAUUUAUAUAGCUUUUCCCUCCUGAAGCUUUCUGAAAUUGCUUAUCCAGUCAUUACACUGCAGCAAGCAGUUCAGAUUUAAUAGGAAUAGUUGUGAACAUUAGCUUCUGAGUGAUUUGAGACCAUAUGGAAUUUUUAAAAUUUAGUUGGAUAAAUCGGAAGCAUUUGUUUCUAUUGUUUGUUACCAUCUUUUAUAAAAAACAAACAAUCAGACAAGGAAAAUACUGUCUUUCUUGAUUUGGAGGCUUUUGAGGCUUUAUUGCUUGCCCACGGUAAUAACUUAAGGCUUUUCAGAAAUGGAUUUUUUAAUGCACCCUAUAAAAUAAACCUCUCACA